AUGCGACCCGCGCUCGCCGCGCUCGCGGCCUGCUGCGUGGUAGCGCGCGCCGAGCUACCCUCCGCGCGUCUUGCACCCCCCAACACCACCACCCAACAUGUGCUUCAAUGCUCCGAGGGGCUCGUUCUUCCCCUUUGGCUACCUCUUGAAGAUGUCCCAACCAUCCAAAUCGCCAUCCGAGGCGUCGUGUACUUCCUUACCCUCAUGUAUCUCUUUAUUGGAGUCUCCAUCGUCUCUGAUAGAUUCAUGGCAGCCAUCGAAGUUAUUACAUCUAGGGAAAAGGAGGUGCGCGUGCGACGGAAUGGAAGCGAUCAAAUUAUUGUAGUCCGAGUAUGGAACGAAACCGUUGCCAAUUUAACGCUUAUGGCGUUAGGCUCGAGCGCGCCAGAAAUAUUGCUAUCAGUCAUCGAAAUAGCUGGAAAAAAUUUUGAAGCUGGCGAUUUAGGACCCGGAACCAUAGUCGGAUCAGCUGCUUAUAAUUUGUUCGUGAUUAUUGCUAUUUGUGUUGCAGUGAUACCCGAUGGAGAAGUGAGGAAGAUCAAGCAUUUACGUGUGUUCCUAGUUACAGCGACCUGGUCAAUAUUCGCUUAUGUAUGGCUUUAUCUAAUUCUAGCAGUAAUAUCACCAAGUGAAGUAGAGGUAUGGGAAGGAGCCGUAACAUUUUUAUUCUUCCCUGCUACCGUAAUGACAGCGUAUAUUGCAGAUAGAAGGCUUUUAAUUUACAAAUAUCUCAAAAAAGGGUAUCGCGUUAAUGAGAGGGGUGUCAUCGUUGAGGCAGAGGGUGGUGAUGGUUCUGUUGAGAUGGCACUUAAGCCCAACGCUGAUGAAUUUGCUUCAGAUGAUGAAGAAGGUCGAGAACUAGAAAAAUCUCGUAAAGAAUAUAUUUCAGUGUUACGAGAAUUAAGACGACAGCACCCUGAUGAAGAUUUGGAAACUGUAGAACGAAUGGCCUUGGAAACCUUAAUGUCACGGGGACCGAAAUCACGUGCUUUUUAUAGAGUAGCGGCCACUAGAAAAAUGACUGGUGGAGGUGAUUUCUCUCGUAAGAUAUCGGAAAGAGCACAGAGUGAUUUAAGUGAAGUAAAAGCUGAACUUCAACGUCGCGAAUCAGGUUCCAUCACCGUUGAACCUAAAGGGCCUAAUGUUCGAUUUGACCCAGACCACUAUACUGUGAUGGAAAAUUGUGGAUCAUUUGAAGUCAGAGUAGUUCGCCGUGGAGAUUUAAGUGGUGAAGUCACAGUACAAUAUACUACAGAAGAUGGAACUGCUGAAGCUGGAUCAGACUAUGUGGCAGCCCAGGGUUCCCUAGUAUUUGGGCGUGGAGAAACAGAAAAAAAGUUUAGCGUUCAAGUUAUCGAUGACGAUGUUUUUGAAGAGGAUGAGCAUUUCUAUCUACGCUUAAGUUCACCGAAAGGUGCAUGUCUGGCCUCACCUUCAACAGCGACUGUAGUGAUUUUAGACGAUGACCAUUCUGGAGUGUUUUCGUUCCCUCAAAGGGAUUUCGAGUUAACUGAGUCGGUGGGGACUUACGAUCUACGUGUGGUGAGGACGGCAGGUGCUCGCGGUAAGGUGCGGAUUCCAUAUUGGACGGAGGAUGGAACAGCGAAGAGUGGUGCUCAAUUUGAGGAAGUUCAAGACUCAAUUGUUUUCGAGAACAACGAAACUGAAAAAUUCAUUCCCCUUCAUAUAAUAGAAGAGGACAGCUACGAGAAGGACGUUUUAUUUUAUGUAAAUCUUGGCAACCCGGUAUUGCUUGGGGAUGAUAAUCGACCUGUGCUUACUGACAAUGAAGUGGAACAUCUAACAACCCUUCCGGAAGAAGAAGCUGUGGUCGCCCUGAUGGGGUACCCUCGCGCUGGUGAAAUAACACGUGCCCAGCUCAGGGUUAAAGAAAGCAAGGAAUUCAAGAAUACUGUAGAUAAGUUAGUGCAAAGAGCAAACGCCUCAAUUAUAAUCGGGACUUCAUCUUGGAAAGAACAAUUUACAGAAGCUUUGACAGCAAGUUCAGAUAAUCCUGACGAGCCGCCCUCUUGCUUCGACUACGUGCUCCAUAUAUUCACACUCUUCUGGAAAAUCAUAUUUGCCUUUGUUCCACCAACAGAUAUCGGUGGCGGAUAUGUUUGCUUCGUAGUGUCAAUUAUUUGCAUUGGUCUCGUGACGGCGGUAAUAGGAGACGUCGCAUCACACUUUGGAUGUACUCUUGGCAUUAAAGACUCGGUCACUGCCAUAAUAUUUGUGGCUCUGGGGACUAGUAUACCUGACACAUUUGCAAGUAAAGUAGCUGCUAUCCAAGACAAACAUGCGGACGCGUCUGUCGGUAAUGUAACAGGCUCUAAUGCGGUCAACGUGUUCUUGGGCAUCGGUGUCGCUUGGACCGUCGCGGCCAUCGUUCAUUGGAGUAAAAAUGAGAAAUUUCAUGUGGAACCUGGAAAUCUAGCCUUCAGCGUCACGAUGUUCUGUUCAGAAGCAGCUCUCGCCGUUUUAGUACUAGUUUUAAGGAGAAGAAAAUCUAUUGGUGGAGAGCUUGGAGGACCUCGUGGCAUAAAAAUUGUAACUUCUAUGUUCUUCUUCUCCUUAUGGCUGACAUAUCUCACAAUGUCCACUUUGGAAGCUUAUGGUUAUAUUAAGGGAUUC